AUGAAGUUCCAAUGGGAUGAACCACUGCCAUCCCAGCUCUCAUCACGGUGGCUCAUUAUCAGAAAAGAACUCACAAGCUUGAUCAAGCUCUCAAUACCUCGGUGGUACAACCAAGGUAGCACCUCUCAAACCACAUGGAGUACCUCGUCAAUGGAAUUUCACGGCUUUUCUGAUACUUCUCAACUGGCAAUGGCUGCAGUCGUAUUUAUCACCGUCCACGGCUCAAAUGGUACCACGAUUUCAUUGGUGUGCUCCAAAACAAAGGUAGCACCGCUCAAGCGGCUCACCAUCCCGAGACUUGAACUCACCGCAGCUCUGCUGCUCUCAAGACUCAUGCAAUACGUUCAAGCCACACUGAAGUUCAACGUCACAGCAACUCACCUGUGGACGGACUCUGUUGUGACACUCACGUGGAUCAAAUCUCAUGCAUCGCGCUGGAAGGAUUUCGUGAGAAAUCGGGUCUCAAAUUCAAGAGCUCACUGCGAACGCACAUUGGAAAUACGUACCAGCCACUCAUUAUGGUGGACGGGACCACCGUGGAUACUCACCCCUGAAGCUUGGCCAUCUCAACCCGCACUUUCGGACGAGUUGAGCACGCAUGAGGCUCGUCCUGGCAUUGCGCUACAUGCGGCCGCAUCUCAACCGGACUAUCACUGGGACCUGAUAUAUAGAUUCAUAUCGCUUCUGGGAAAACACCGUCGCAAGCCACUGGACUUGCACUCAGCUUUGGAAGAGGCCAGACUCUUCUGGAUUAAGGCUACUCAAGCGGCAUACUUCACGCACGAGAUCAAGAUGCUCACGGCCAACUCGAGACUACCAACUGCUUACGCAUUCAGUCGAUUGACUGCGUAUAUAGACGCUCAAGGGAUCAUCCGAGUUGGCGGCCGCCUCAACCAAUCAGCACUAGAUCAAGACAACCAACAUCAGGCGAUUUUACCUCGCCACUUCUCAACCUUAAUCAUCGCUCACGCCCAUUUGCGCACCCUGACUAGAGGAACUCAGCUGACAUUGGCUCAUGUCAGGCAAAGCUACUGGAUCAUCGGCGGACGGGCUCCGGCACAAAGGUCGGCUCAUUAUCUGCAACGCCAGCAGGCGAUAUCCAAGUGGCAUCAUCCUAACAACAACAUCAAGAUGGGUUCCAUCGUGCUGCUCACCGACGAACGCUCUCCACCGUGCAAGUGGCCACUCACCAGAGUACCAGUUUUGCACCCCGGCAAGGAUGGACUCACCAGGGUGGUUACCCUCAAGACGGCCACCACGACACUCAAUCGGCCAAGUGCCAAGCUCGCCAUAUUACCCAUUUCAACCAAAGGAAGGAUCAAGA